CCAAGGAGUCCGCGCCAGCCGCCGCCGAGUCGCCGAUCUAACGGGUCCCCAGAUGCUGCACAUCCCAGGCCAGUACUCUGGUGGCGAGACCGCCGAGUACCGGUGGACGCAGACGAAGGCGGAGCUCGAGGUCCGCGUUCCUCUGCCCGCGGGCCUUGCCGACGGCUCGGUCACAUGCGAGAUCCUGCCGCGCUCCUUUGCCGUGCGCGCGGGCGAGGAGGCUGUGGCGGUUGGAGGGGAGCUGGCUGCGGUGGUCGUGGUGGACGACUCUCUCUGGAGCGUUGAGCGCGACGGCUCCAGGGCCGAGGCCGUCCUCUCCUUGCGCAAGGCGGUGGCCGAGCUGUGGCCUCGACUUCUCGCCAGCGAUGCCGAAGAAGCGGCAGAGCCGCGGCUUCUUGAUGGCCUUGAGCGGAAGGCUCCGACCGACAAGAACGAGCUGCUUCGGCAGGCCAAGGAGCGCGCCAAGGGUGCGCUGGACGGCCCAUCGAAGGCGGUGCAGCACGUCGUCGAGGGCAGGAGCGGCGAGCGGAUUGCGCUCAACGCCUCCGGAUUGCCGCCGCUGCCGGUGAUCACUCUGCGCAAGUGCACUGAAUGCGAGGUUGUGCUGGGGGAGGGCGUGGCCGCGGUGAAACUCCUCGUUGAGGGGUGCGUCAACACCACCGUCGCCGUCAACGGCAAGGUCCUCACGGAGACGAUUGAGCUGUGGCAGUGCGAGGGCGUCGCAGUCAAGAUAGCCUCCGCGAUGAGGACGGUGCAGCUCGACGCCUGCAGCGGCGUGAAGCUGCAGUACGCGCGCGCGGCCGACUUCGAUCGGUGCCUAACGGCCGGCGUCUUCGACCUCGCGCUCUCCUUUGCCGACGCGCCCUCGCUCGACGGCGAGGUCGACUUGGGCACGCUGCGUGCGCAGAUGCCCGACAAGGGCCUCUCGGCAGAGACGGACCAGUUCAUCUCGAGGCACGUGGAGGGGGCGCUGCUGACGGAGCUGAUCGUCCGUCUGUCCAACGAUUUCCCCACCACCGAGCGCGAGGUCGCCGACUUCGCCGCCAAGACGCGGAUGAAGUCGGACAAGAUCGACGAGGUCGUGCAGGGAAUGCUCGGUUCUUCGCUCGGCCGCGAGCUGAGCGGCGCGGAGCGGCAGCAGAUGGUCGAGAUGGUCAAGUCGCAGUCGGAGGCAGCGGCCAAGGCGCAGCACACCGCCGAGGGCACCGCGGCCGGCCGCCACCUCGCUCGCGUCGAGUUCAAAAAGGCGGCCGGCAACGAGGCCUUCAAGGCGGGCGAGUACCAGCAGGCGGCGGUCGCCUACACCGAGGCGCUCUCGCUCGCCGCCUCGGGGCCCGAGGACUGCGGGGAGGGCGGCACGGUCGACCCGGCCAUCGCGUCGGCCACUCGCUGCAACCGCGCCGCUUGCUUCCUCAAGCUCGGCCGCUACGCGCAGGCGCGCGAGGACGCCGAGGCGGCGGCGGCGCUGCAGCCGUCGUACGCAAAGGCGCACUUCCGGCUCGCGCUCGCGCUGCAGGCCGAGGAGAAGUUCCCCGAGGCCGUCGCCGCUUUCAACAAGGCGCUGCAGCUCGAGCCGAAGAACAAGGAGGCAGCCGCCGGUCUCCGGAUGGCGGAGGUGCAAGCCACGCGCCAGCGGCGCCAGCAGCAGCAGUAAUCCGCAAGCCGACGCGAAGUGACAUGUGUUGUGUCACGUGCCCUCUUGGUUUGUCGUGCGCGUGCGAAUAUUGCGCGACUGUCUAUAAAGAAAGUCAGGUGGUGAAAGAUUUC